UUCCAUGACUUGUAACACUGUCAAAAACAAGCCAGUCAUUUCGUGCGGCUUUUCAACUCAAUAAACAGCAACUGUAAAUUGAAUUGUGACAAAUCUAAGGCUCAAAAUGCUUCCCGACUUUGAUUUCACCGACACGCCGGUCAGCACUGGCACCACCAUCAUGGCCGUGGAAUUCGACGGCGGAGUGGUCAUUGGGGCCGAUUCCCGCACUAGCUCGGGCGCCUAUGUUGCCAACAGGGUCACCGACAAGCUGACCCGCAUCACGGACAAGGUCUACUGCUGCCGCAGCGGCUCCGCCGCCGACACCCAGGCCAUCGCGGACAUUGUGGCCUACUCGCUGAACUAUCACGAGAACCAGACCAACAAGGAAGCCCUGGUCUUCGAGGCCGCCUCCGAGUUCCGCAACUACUGCUACAGCUACCGCGAGUCUCUGCUCGCCGGCAUCAUUGUGGCUGGCUGGGAUGCACAGCGCGGUGGACAGGUGUACAGCAUCCCCUUGGGCGGCAUGCUCACCCGCGAGUCCUGCACCAUAGGCGGUUCCGGAUCCAGCUUUAUCUACGGAUUCGUUAGGGAGCACUACCGCCCCAACAUGCAGCUGGAGGAGUGCGUCGCGUUUGUCAAGAAGGCUGUCCAGCACGCCAUUUACCACGACGGCAGCUCCGGCGGUGUGGUGCGCAUUGGCAUCAUCACCAAGGAUGGCAUCGAGCGCCGCAUCUUCUACAACACAGAAUCGGGCGCAUCCGCAGUCUCCAGCACUCCCAGCUUUGCCUCCUCAGCAUAAAUAUUAAACGUACCCCAAUAAGAUCGAUCGGCGGUGGAGUUGCAAACUCGCCUCAUUCAAAUAAACUUGGUUUUUGUAAUACGAA